CGAAUGACUAGAAACGCCGGCGUCAACCCGAGGAUCCACUCAAGUCUAACGCAAACAGGUUCAAGAUGAAAAGCAGCUGUCUCCUCGCCGGGAUCGUCCUCGUCCUGUGUUUAGUCCAGAGGAGCUGGGAAGCCGCUCUACAGGAACCGGACAACUCCAUGAGUUUUGAAGCGGAGGAGAGUUUGGGGGAGGAGCCGAAGGAGGUGUCGGACAUGAAGAGACAUUCAGAGGGGACUUUUUCCAACGACUACAGCAAAUACCUGGAGGACAGAAAGGCCCAGGACUUUGUCAGGUGGCUCAUGAACAACAAGCGCAGCGGUUUUGUAGAGAAGCGACACGCAGAUGGAACUUUCACCAGCGACGUCAGCUCGUACCUCAAGGACCAGGCCAUCAAGGACUUCGUGGCUCGGCUCAAGUCGGGACAGAUCCAAAGAGAAUCUGAAGGGGGCAGCAGCGAGCUCAGCAGGAGGCACGUGGACGGCAGCUUCACCAGUGACGUGAACAAGGUACUGGACUCCAUGGCAGCCAAAGAGUAUCUGUUAUGGGUCAUGACAUCCAAUCCAUCAGGCGAAAGCAAGAAGAGCCAAGAGAUCCAAUGAACGAGCUGGAGGAAAAACCCCUGGAAAAAGCCAUACACUAUGAAUUAAAGCCAUAACGUUUUGCAAUUUUUAUUUUAUAUUUUAAAAUGCAAAAACACAGGAACUCUUCCAUAGUGUGUAAGUUGAAAUUGAAUGUUUUUUCUACAAUUUUUAAAUUAUUUUCUACGCAUGAAAUGGGAACUAAAACACAAAUCGCUUACUCAGGAAACACAA